UCUUGUGCGACAGCCUCCUCCAGCCACACUGUCCCCAUGUGAAGCGAUUUUGUUAAGUAAGUCAUUCAUUUUAUGAAUGACUUGUGCGUUAUUCCGACAACUGAUAGCCGGCGGCUGCUGUUUGUCAAUAGUGCUGCGAGAGAAGGCCAACGUGCGGAUUUGAGAGCACUUCCUCUCCGCGACAAGGUCAGCAUUUUCAAGUUACGUGACCGCCACACCGUAGCUGAGCCUACUUGGCUAAAUGGCUCAAGGCAUGUUAAAGGUUUAAUGGGGAAUGAUACCUGGUGCUGCUGAAUAGUGAGAACAUUCUUCUACCUGCUGCCUCCCACCUUCAGCCUGAUGGCCGCUCGUUUCCUGGGCAGGUACGCCCGCCUCCUCUUUAGGGUCACCACUCAGGCUCCAGCUACCCGCCAGCCUCCAUCAGCAAACCGGAUGAUCGGGCUGUAUGGGACUCAGUGCUGUGCUUUGGUCCCCAAGAGAUCGUUUUGCAAAGGCGGUGUGAUGGCGAAAGACAAGGUCUUAACAAGUGCGCCGCUUCGCACGGAGCUGGAAGAGGUGGUGGAGAAGGCGACUGUGCCGGAGGAAGUCCUGAAGGCCUGGGAACAACAUGGAGGAGAUUCCAAUCAAGCUACCAGUACACUGUUGGUUUGGACUAAGUUGAUGCAGAAGACAAAGGGCAAGUUUCAGCCAAACAGUCCAUCUUUGAUGGACGCGAGGGUGCGGGACAUGAUGGAGACUAUAAUGAAACAAUUACCAAGAGUGUGGAACAACAACUUGGUGGCCAUCUUGCGAGCUCUUUGGGUUAUCGGCCUCCCCAACACGGAUCCAGUGUUGCAAUCUACCCAAACAGAGGUCAUGUGGCGACUCCGUCGGCUAAACCUCAAGCAGCUAGCCUUCCUGGCGGAGUGCGGCACCGUCCCGACAUGGCAGCAUGAUGUGACGAUAGUGAACGCUGUGCUGAAACAGCUGGAACUGCGAUGGACGGAAAUCUCUGAUGCCAAAACUGUCAGCAUGCUAAUCGCCAUAGGACAACACAUGUCGCCGACGUUGAUGGACAGACUAGAAGACACGGCUUUAGCGCUUGCUGAAGGUUUUACGACGGAAGAAAUUCGCAAAGUGUGCGUGUCUUUAGCUUCCAUGGGCCGCAGAUCUGUGCCCCUUCUCCGGGCUCUGUCCUACCACCUCCUACAGAGGCCGUCAUCUGAAUUCAGCACUAAACUAAUACUGGACAUGGGCUUUUCAUACGGGAAGCUGAGUUUCCACCAGUCUCAAGUACUUAAGCGAAUGGUUGCCGAGUUGAUGCCCAAAGUCUCUGAACUAACUUCAAGUGAUGUCACCCGCUUUGCAAAGUCCUUGGGCUUACUCAAAUGGCUUCAUGUCCCGCUCUUUGAGGCCUUUGUAGAGCACUACCUGGAGCACAGUGAGAUGUACAGCGUUCUGCAGCUCUGCAACCUGCUCAUGGCGUUUGCCAGACUAAACUUCCAGUCUUGCAAAGGAGAACAGUUCUUUGGCAAGGUGCAUCCUGUACUGGAGAGCUCCCUCUCAGGCCUGGAACCUUUCCUUAGGACAGAUGUUGCAUGGUCGUUGUGUGUGCUACAGCAAGCCAGGCCUCACUAUCUCACCCCGCUCUUGCAGCAGGAUCAUGCUGCAAAUCUCUCAGAGGGCAGUCCUCCUCGAGCAGAGAAUUACCGACUAAAGCUCCUCCACCUCGCUGCCACGCUGCACUUGGAACAUCCUGAAUCACCAGAGACUGCAGACACCUCAUCCAUCAUGAACACUGUGCCUCAUACAGCCAGUAGCUCCACCCUUUCCUCACUGCAGAGCAGCCUGAGAGAGGCUUUGCACAAUUUGGUGGAUGGGAGGGCGGAGCUGUAUCGCGCUGGAGUCAACACUGUAUAUGGGUGGACUAUUGAGGGCGAGUUGCUAAUAGACUGUGACAACAAGCCCUUUGACUUCUCAAAGAUGAGAGCUCCUCAUCUUCUUGGUGGAUGGGGACAGCAGACGUUACCCGCAGGCUCACGGAAGAUCGCUUUUUUGGCUUGGGAAUUCUCUAACUUCAACAUCAAGAGUAAAGACCUACUGGGACGGUUUAGCAUGAUGAAGCGGCACCUGCAGCUGGCUGGAUUCAUCCUCGUGGAUGUUCCAUAUUACGAGUGGUUGGAGCUCAAGACGCAGCGUCAGAAGUUGGCGUAUCUGAAAGACAAGAUAGGGAAGGCUGUGGCCGAAGACAUGGCCAAGUGAACCAGGUGCUCUUCAUCACAUUUGCAGGCAUGGAGGCGUUCCCACUCAAAUGAAUCCACAAGGAAUAUUGCAGGGGAGAAAGAUAUAUAUAUAUAUAUAUAUACACACCGUAUUUUUCCGGAGUAUAAAUCGCUCCGGAGUAUAAGUCGCCCUGGCCGAAAAUGCAUAAUAAAAAGGAAAAAAACUUUUAUAAAUUGCACUGGAGUAUAAGUCACAUUUUUUUGGGAAAUGUAUUUGAUAAAACCCAACACCAAGAAUAGACAUUUGAAAGGCAAUUUAAAAUAAAUAAAGAAUAGUGAACAACAGGCUGAAUAAGUGUACGUUAUAUGAGGCAUAAAUAACCAACUGAGAACGUGCCUGGUAUGUUAACGUAACAUAUUAUGGUAAGAGUCAUUCAAAUAACUAUAACAUAUAGAACAUGCUAUACGUUUACCAAACAAUCUGUCACUCCUAAUCGCUAAAUCCCAUGAAAUUUUAUACGUCUAGUCUCUUACGUGAAUGAGCUACAUAAUAUUUGAUAUUUUACGGUAAUGUGUUAAUAAUUUCACACAUAAGUCACUCCGGAGUAUAAGUCGCACCCCCGACCAAACUAUGAAAAAAAACUGUGACUUAUUGUCCGAAAAAUACGGUGUGUAUAUAUAUAUAUAUAUAUAUGUAUGUAUAUAUAUAUAUAUAUAUAUAUAUAUAUAUUUACUGUGGUUCCCGUGGCAAUGUGUGGGGCAUUCCCUGUUACCAUGGAGAUGGCAGCAAGAGUUCUGGAGUUAGAAAUAAACCGAGGAGCGAGAGCUUCACUCGCUCUUUUAAGAUCCAGCUUUAAGGUGCUGCAUCUGUGAAGGACUUUUUCCUUUAUCAACGUGUGCGCUGCAGGACGCAUAAUCUGUCAAAUGAUGGUAAUCAAUAAAUGUGCGUGGAGUCA